UUUUUUCAUGUGACUUAUAUUUCAAAAAACUUAGUUACAGUUUCAUGAAUUAAUUUUUAUUUUAUUGUGCUGUUUAUUUACUACAAAUUAGAACGUUAGGCAUGGAUCACAGCCAGCAUGAGCACCAUCACUCGGGUCAUGAACACAUGGAACACCAUGACAUUAAUCAAGCAGAUUAUAUGAGUAUUAAUAAAAUUAUGAAUGAAGGUAUAAAUUCAACGUUAAGACAAGCCCACGGAGAUCAUCAAGGUCACGAUCAUGCUUCCCAUGGUUCAAUGAUGGCUAUGACUUUCCAUGGCGGAUAUGCGGAGACAAUCCUCUUCUCCUGGUGGGACGUAAAAGAGGUCGGACCAUUCAUUGGCUCAUUCAUAGCAAUCUUUAUCAUGGCUUUGCUUUACGAAGGGCUUAAAUAUUACAGAAAGCAUCUGCUGUGGAAAUCAUAUGCGGGUCUCCAGUACUGCGCGGUGUCGCCACCUGACAAGGGAGUCCAAAACAUAUGCAGCCCUGAUGAACCUCAAGUUAUACAGCCGAUGCCGCAUGCUCUGGAAAGGAAUGUACCGACGAUGCUAAGCAGCGCGCACGCCUACCAAACCGUGCUCCACGGUCUCCAGGUGUUCAUCAGCUACAUGCUCAUGCUCGUGUUCAUGACGUACAACACGUGGCUCUGCGUGGCCGUCGUGAUGGGCUCGGCCACGGGCUACUUCCUCUUCGGCUGGCGCGAGUCCGUCGUCGUAGACUUCACCGAACACUGUCACUGACACAAACUCAAAUAACGAGGUCGGGUGACGCAAAACACGUUAGGCAUACUGAAUGUGAUCCGGAUUGGCUAUUGACGAACAGUAUAAAGCAGUGUUUAUUUUUAAGCAUAAACGUCCUCUGUUUAGAUGAUUCCAAGAUACCUAAAGUGUAAUUUUUUAGUUAAAAUUUAAAGUUUUUUUUAAGUGACUUGAAAAAUUGAGCUUGGCCUAAAGAUGUCAACACACACAGUACAUUAGGUACAUAAUAAUAAUAUUCUUUAUUGUGCACAAUGAAACAUAUACAUAUACAUAUUUAGGAAUGAAGCAUUGUUUAAUGUCCUUGUUAUUACAGAAUAGAUAUGGCUAAGCUAUUCUGUAAAAUUAUUCCAUGAAUUACAUUCCUCUUAUUGUUAAAAUAAAUUCCUUAGCUAAGUGAAAAUACCAAGUAAAAUACAAGGUAUUUAUUUUGGUGGUGUUGUAAUAUGCUAUAUGCAAAAGAACAAGUAGAGAUACAUAAAAAUGAUUUAUUUGCUAUUACUUGGUAUUUACACUACGAAUUAGGGUAUGUAAUUUGGCGGUAAGGAAAAUGUAUUUAUGCGAUAAAGUUUUAGUAAUUAUUAUAUAUACCAAAUAAACCACCUAGUGUACAAUCCAAAUAUUUGCAAAAUUUUUUUGCAUCACGUACUCAAUGACGCGCCACCAAAAUUCCUUGCAGUGUAUGACUAAUUUUGUGUAUUAACCUACCCUCCGGGAUAACGCAUUAUAUUGUUCGUCAUUAGCUGAAUUGGAGAUGAUCAUUUUGCAUACGCCUUUUGUGUCAGCUGUGUAAUGACACAGGAGUACAGAAACUGAAGAGAGAUAUUUUCCGUACUGUGAAAUACAUUACUAUACAAUCGCGCGGCUUGCGCUUCUCUCUGGCUGUGCGUGCGGCAGUAGUGUACACAGCAUGGUUUUACGACGCUGUUACUUUACUCCUCUCCUGUGGUUAUGGUGAUUUAGCACCGGCAAGGAGACGCGAGGCAUAACGUUAAAUUUCACGCUUAUGUAAUUUGUUUAUUGGAAAUUUGCCGCUGCGCCUAGUCUCACUCACCGGUAAAGCACCCCGAGGUACCUACAGCACAUCAUGCCUGUGACUACUACAAUACAAACUAGUAUUAAAAUAUGUUAAAUAAUAUCCUCGCUUUUUUGUUGCGUAGUUCAAAUUAAUAUAUAAAUAUCGUGUGUAAAAUAAUUCACGUUUUAAGAGGACACAUGUUGUUUAAGUACUUUUUGGGCGACUAUUUUGAUGUUUAUUUUAGUACCAGUUAUACCUUUAUAGAAUAUUGUAUAUUUAGAAUAACGAUAUGAAUAUAAACGCUUUGAUCUGUAAAAA